AUGAAAUGUCCAGUCGAACUUACUCAAGCAGAAAGACAAACAGUGCGACAAACAUGGCCAGUGUUGGCCAAGGAUUUACAGGGGAAUGGUUUACAACUGUUCCUUAGAAUAUUUGAACUGUGUCCGGAGGUAAAAGUAUUGUUUUCUGUAGAAAACGUUCGGCAUUCGCAACUUGCAAGGAAUGAGAUCAUCAAAACGCAUGGAGCACGAUUUGCCAUGGCCAUCGGGUCCGCAGUAGACAAUUUGGACGAAUGUUACCGAAAAGACAAUAAGUUGAGCAAAUUUUUGUUCGAACUUGGACAAAAACAUAAGCGGUUCAGGGGAUUCAAACCAGAGUAUUUUGAAAUAUUUUAUGAAGCGCUUAUGUGCCAGUGGGAACGCUGUAUGGGUGACCAGUUUACACCGGAAGUAUCGGAAGCAUGGAGUAAUUUGUUUGUUUUUCUGUUGAACAAACUGAAGGAAGGAUAUUUUUCAAAAGACGUGUCUUUCGAAACUCAUUUAAAAAUUAAAUAUAAGUGA